CAGACGACUACCAUCGAAGUAUUGAAUCAACUCAAUACAAUUACGCACAAAAUCGUUUCGACAACUAUCAAAUCUCGGCUUUCAAAUUUCAAACGUCAUCUCACGUUUUUCACGAUACCACGAAUCUCGGGACCGACUCCGGAUCAACAGAUCGACCGCACUAAGAUACAGAUUCCUGCGAAUCUUAAAUUGGCGGAUCCAACUUUUCAUCGUCCAGCACCAAUAGACUUGCUCAUUGGCACCGGUCCUGCAUUGUCAUCGUUGAGUAUCGGUCAACAUAAUCUUGCCUCUCAAAGUGGACCGGAUUUAGUCCUCCAAAAAACGCAAUUUGGAUGGAUCAUCGGGGGGAGUUUACCAAAGACAUCAUGCGCGCCGCAUCGAACAUUCCUCGCGACUCCAAGUUUUGACCUUAGGAAAUUCUGGGAAUUAGAAGAGGGUCCGCAGUUACGACAUUUUUCAUCAGAAGAACAGGAUUGCGAACAUCAUUUUAAAGAUAAUAUAACUCGGGAUAAAUCUGGACGCUAUAUCGUUGCUUUGCCGUUCAAUAAUAAAAUAGCUCAACUCGGAGAAUCUCGUUCACGCGCUCUCAAUCGAUUUGUAUCGUUAGAAAGGAAAUUCAAACGCGAUCUAGAAUUAAAACAACAGUAUGCAAGCGUUAUUCAAGAAUAUCUUGAUCUCGGGCACAUGAGUCAGGUAGAAUCGCUUGAUUCCGAAGGUUUUUACCUGCCACAUCAUGCCGUCAUCAAACCGUCCAGUACCACCACGAAAGUGCGCGUCGUCUUCGACGGAUCAGCGAAAUCGAGUAGCGGCCUAUCAUUAAACGAUACAUUGUUAACUGGACCAACAAUACAAGCUGACAUUAUUUCGUUAUUGAUACGUUUUAGAAUGCACAC